GUCACGUGAUCCGACAGCCGGCCUCUGCAAAGUGCAGAACGUUCUGCUGCUCUUAAAGGUACAGGCCGCAGGGUCCCUGCUGUAGACGGGGCGGGGGCAGAGUGCGAUGGGUGGGGCGUGAUGGGUCGUAGGGCGCUCGAGAUGGAGCCCCCAGCUUCCUUGAUGGAUCGCGGGGCGCGAGUGCCCCAGACAAGCCGGAGCUGGGACCGGCAAUCGGGCGUUGAUCCUUGUCGCCUGUCGCAGACCCUCAUCUCUCCCGUGGGAGCCCCUUUUGGACACUCUGUGACCCUGGACCCUUGGGGGACCUGAACUUGAUGCGAUGGGAGGCUGUGCGGGCUCGCGGCGGCGCCUUUCGGAUUCCGAGGGUGAGGAGACCGUCCUGGAGCCACGGCUCCCUCUAUUGGACCAUCAGGGCGCGCAUUGGAAGAACGCGGUGGGCUUCUGGCUGCUGGGCCUUUGCAACAACUUCUCUUAUGUGGUGAUGCUGAGUGCCGCCCAUGACAUCCUUAGCCAUGAGAGGACAUCGGGAAACCAGAGCCAUGUGGACCCAGGCCCAGCGCCCAUCCCCCACAACAGCUCAUCACGAUUUGACUGCAACUCUGUCUCUACAGCUGCCGUGCUCCUGGCAGACAUCCUCCCCACGCUCGUCAUCAAAUUGUUGGCUCCUCUUGGCCUUCACCUGCUGCCCUACAGCCCCCGGGUUCUUGUCAGUGGGAUUUGUGCUGCUGGAAGCUUCGUCCUGGUUGCCUUUUCUCAUUCUGUGGGGACCAGCCUGUGUGGUGUGGUCUUGGCUAGCAUCUCAUCAGGCCUCGGGGAGGUCACCUUCCUCUCCCUCACUGCCUUCUACCCCAGGGCUGUGAUCUCCUGGUGGUCCUCAGGGACUGGAGGAGCUGGGCUGCUGGGGGCCCUGUCCUACCUGGGCCUCACCCAGGCUGGCCUCUCCCCCCAGCAGACCCUGCUCUCCAUGCUGGGUAUCCCUGCCCUGCUGCUGGCCAGCUAUUUCUUGUUGCUCACAUCUCCUGAGGCCCAGGACCCUGGAGGGGAAGAAGAGGCAGAGAACUCAGCCCGGCAGCCCCUCAUAAGAACUGAGACUCCGGGGUCGAAGCCAGGCUCCAGCUCCAGCCUCUCCCUUCGGGAAAGGUGGACAGUGUUCAAGGGUCUGCUGUGGUACAUUGUCCCCUUGGUCGUGGUUUACUUUGCCGAAUAUUUCAUCAACCAGGGACUUUUUGAACUCCUCUUUUUCCGGAACACUUCCCUGAGUCACGCUCAGCAAUACCGCUGGUACCAGAUGUUGUACCAGGCAGGCGUCUUUGCCUCCCGCUCUUCUCUCCGCUGCUGUCACAUCCGUUUCACCUGGGCCCUGGCCCUGCUGCAGUGCCUCAACCUGGCAUUCCUGCUGGCGGACGUGUGGUUCGGCUUUCUGCCAAGCAUCUACUUCGUCUUCCUGAUCAUUCUGUAUGAGGGGCUCCUGGGAGGCGCAGCCUAUGUGAACACCUUCCACAACAUCGCCCUGGAGACCAGUGAUGAGCACCGGGAGUUUGCAAUGGCGGCCACCUGCAUCUCUGACACGCUGGGGAUCUCCCUGUCGGGGCUCCUGGCUUUGCCUCUGCACGACUUCCUGUGCCAGCUCUCCUGAUACUCGGGAUCCUUGGGACGCAGGUCACACUCACCUGUGGGCAGAGGGGCAGGUCACAUACCCAGGCCCACCCUAGAGCCCCUCCACAAACUGUGCUCCUGGCCUUUCCAGCAGGGCUGGGAGUAGGGAAGGGCUGAGACCUUGUUCCCCUUGCAGGGGGGCUAGCCAUUGUCUCCCGCUCAGGGAGCUUCUUCCUGGCAUCAUGCCCUCUGAAUAAAUGCUGAUUUUAUCCAUGGA